GAGCCGGAGGAGCCCUGAGCCCAGGGAGCUCCAGUCCGAGCUGGCACUGGAGCCAGGAGUCCAGGGACCAGAACUUUUCUCGUGGACAGCGUGGGCACCGUGCCAACCUCAUCUGGUCCUCGCCCACCUUUCAGCUUCAGGUCCCGACCCUCCCUCUUGGAGGCCACCCAUGCCACCCACCCCCCCGGGGAGAACAAACUUUCUUGGAGAAAUCACCUCUAUCGCCUGUGCUGGCCAACCGGGAAGGAGCAGACAGCCGGACAGCCAGAUGAACAGAUGGACAGGGCAUCUGUGAGCCUGUCCUCCGGGUCACGCCUCUGACCAGCUGCAGUGGAGCAGGCAGCCGAGGAGCCUCAGGCACCACCAGGGGUGGCGAGGGGCCCUGCUGGACCUUUGUCCACCGGCCAGCUGCCUCUGAGUCCAGGCGACCGGGAGCUGCUUCCGAGGGCCCAGCCGCGGGGCUGGAAGGUCCGUGAGUCAGGACAGCCGAUCCCAUCAGACAGAGCCACGGGCUCUCCCGCUCACCGAGGCGACGGGUAACCUGAGCGAAAAGGCACAGGUGGCAGGUGGGCAAGCGCAGGCGCAGGGUCCCGAGGCCAACAGGCUGCUGACCCUGGAGCACGCUGGCUCGGGGAGCCCUGCCCAGCCGAGGGAUGAUGCUGUCGAGGCCGCCACCGGCCGCCCCUGCCCCGUCCUGGAGCUGCCUCCGGCCUGGCCCCUGCGCUGUGGGAAGGAGGAUGUGCCAGCCUUCUGCUUCGUCUGUUUCCACAGGGAGGAGGAGGAGGAGCUGCUGGAAGAGGUCCCACUGCAGAGGGAGAAGAUGAGCGUGGGCUGCCCAGAGCCGGAGCCGCCCCACUCCCUGCCCUGCUGCGGGCCAGGGACCGCCCCCGGGCUGGGUGCCGGCGUGCCCCUCCUCACCGAAGACAUGCAGGCGCUGACCCUCCGCACAGUGGCCGCGAGCGACGUCACCAAGCACUACGAACUUGUCCGGGAGCUGGGCAAGGGCACCUAUGGGAAGGUCGACCUCGUGGCCUACAAGGGCACGGGCACGAAGAUGGCGCUGAAGUUUGUGAACAAGAGCAAAACCAAGCUGAAGAACUUCCUGCGGGAGGUGAGCAUUACCAACAGCCUCUCCUCCAGCCCCUUCAUCAUCAAGGUUUUUGACGUCGUGUUUGAGACGGAAGACUGCUAUGUCUUCGCCCAGGAGUACGCGCCCGCCGGGGACCUGUUCGACAUUAUUCCUCCUCAGGUGGGGCUCCCCGAGGACACCGUGAAGCGCUGCGUGCAGCAGCUGGGCCUGGCGCUGGACUUCAUGCACGGUCGGCAGCUGGUGCACCGCGACAUCAAGCCGGAAAACGUGCUGCUGUUUGACCGCGAGUGCCGGCGCGUGAAGCUGGCCGACUUCGGCAUGACGCGCCGCGUGGGCUGCCGCGUGAAGCGGGUGAGCGGCACCAUCCCGUACACAGCGCCCGAGGUGUGCCAGGCGGGCCGCGCCGACGGCUUCGCGGUGGACACUGGCGUGGAUGUGUGGGCCUUCGGCGUGCUCAUCUUCUGCGUGCUCACCGGCAACUUCCCGUGGGAGGCGGCGUCGGGCGCCGACGCCUUCUUCGAGGAGUUCGUGCGCUGGCAGCGGGGCCGCCUGCCGGGGCUGCCGUCGCAGUGGCGCCGCUUCACCGAGCCAGCGCUGCGCAUGUUCCAGCGGCUCCUGGCGCUGGAGCCCGAGCGCCGCGGGCCGGCUAAGGAGGUCUUCCGCUUCCUCAAGCACGAGCUCACGUCCGAGCUGCGGCGCCGGCCCUCGCACCGCGCGCGCAAGCCCGCCGGGGACCGCCCGCCGGCCGCCGGGCCGCUGCGCCUCGAGGCGCCCGGGCCGCUCAAGCGGACGGUGCUGACCGAGAGCGGCAGCGGCUCUCGGCCCGCGCCUCCCACCGUCGGGCCCGGACCUGUGCCGGUCCCCGUCCCCGUGCCCGUGCCGGUCCCCGUGCCCGAGCCCGGCCUGGCCCCCCCGGGGCCUCCCGGCAGGACCGACGGCCGCCCGGACAAAAGCAAAGGGCAGGUGGUGCUGGCCACGGCCAUCGAGAUCUGCGUCUGAGCCGCCCCCGCCGCCCUCGGGGCCCGGGCGCCGAGCAGCAGCCAGGCCGGGGCGCAGGGAGCCGCCCUGGCCGAAGCGGCCAGCCCCCUGCGGCGGCAGGAGGGAGUAGUGGUAGGCGAGGCAGGCGCCCGGCCCGGCGGCGGGCCGGUGAGAUGCCACCAAAGGAGCCCAGCCCCACAGACCCGAGGAUUCAGAGGCCCCACCCUCACCCCCACCCCCGACACCAGGAGCAAGGGAGCUUGCCGGCAGACUCCCCCACACCUCCCUGAACCUGGGACCCUGAACUAGUGGCUCCGGGCCCUUUGCACCCCCCUGGCAGAUCGUCCAGCAGCCCUACCCCUUUUCCUGCCCCCCUCCCAACCUUCCCGCCCCCACCCCCACCCUGGGAACGAAAAGGAACUCAAGUGCUGGGGUCGAGAAAGGGCUUAGGGCGUCUAGGCACUCACUGGCUGGGAGGAGGGCGGUGAGCCGAGGGCAGGGGUGUUGUUCAUCUGAGACCGGCCCCUUUCCAGGGAGGGUUAGAGGGGAGGGACCACGCCCCCUGCAAAAAUGUAGCAAACGUCUGGAUGUCACAGCAGUGUGUGUGUAAACACAGGCCCCAAGAAUCCAGUGACUCUCCCACCACCCAGUCCUUCCCCCCAACCCAUGAGGACACAGAGCCCAAAAGGAGGGCGGCUGGCCAAGAUCACACACAGCCAGAGAGGCUGCAGCCCUCCCCCUCCCCUUACAGGGAUUUCAGGAUAACUGGUCUCCGUUGCCAGGGGCCACAUGCCCCUGCAUCACCAGGCCCGGGGAAUGAGUUCAGAGCCCGGGUGCACCCCAGCUUGGCCUGCCCACCGGCACCUUCCCCAGGCCAGGGAAACCUUGCUCAGAUCCUCUCAAUCCUCGCUGCCCCAGCCCAGUCAGUGGCCUGGACUUUGAGCAGGCAGCGAGGUUACUUGUGCCAGGAAUUUCUCCCGGAUUUCUGCUGGAGUCCAACAUCUGAGCCUGGGGCUGACUCCAUCCCCAUGUCUCCCAAGUUUCUCGUACUGGGUGUGAGAACAGAGGCCCUGGAAAUGGGAGGGAGUGAGCGUGUGAACAGGUACCUGUGCAGUGUGAGCACAUGCAGAAGGCACCUGUGUGCGUGUAGCCUCAUGUGUUCAGUGACUGCAUCCAGACACUCCAGUCACGACACCCCAGUCACUCCACCCCAGGAUUCUCAGCGGGCAGCUGCCAGAGGGCGCUCAGACCCCCGGCUCAGCACACCCCUCAGGGAGCCUGGCAAGGAGGCACCCACAGUCCAGAGGAGCCCAGACUCACAAAGCCCGCCCUCACAACUCCUGCCCUGUCCGUGGAGGCCUGGGACCCCGCAAUAACCUCAUCCUGGGAGAGGCUGCUCCCUCUGCCUGGCAGCACCCUACCCGCUGUCCCAGGCCACACCUUCCAGGGUCCCUUCCAGGGUUCUCGGCCAUUUGAGGGGGCUCCCUAGUGGGCCACGCUGACCAGAGGGGACCCUCUGGCCAGGAGCCCCUACUUCUCCAUUCACCCUCAUUCCCACCACGCAAAAGGGCUAUAGGUCCCCCCGCCCUGCCCGGGUCCAGUUUACAGUGUGUGGUUGCCCCAGGGCCUGGUCCCCCUCCCUCCUCAGUGUGCCCGCCCAUCUAGAGACCCACCUCCCCGGCGGGCAUGGGGGCCCAACACAUGCCAGGUAAGUAGCAAACCCCCCCCCUCCUCCCACCAAGGGCCAAGCCUUGGAGCAGGGCCUGCCUCCCCAUCACUGCCCCCGCCCCAGCCCACCUGGAGCCCAUCUGGGCACCUCUCCCAGCCGCGACUUCUCCUUUUGCCUUAGGCCUCUCGACAUCCCGUCUCUCCUGCAAUAACACGGAAGCGAGAUUCCAAGUAGACACCCCUCGCGUGCGCCCUCUUUCUCUCUCUCUCUCUCUGUUAAGAUCCUGUUUGAGAGUCUCUCCCUCGUCGUAGUAUCUAGGAUGUUAGAGUUGGGAAGGGACCGUAGUUCUGUAGCCCAGCCCCUGUUGUCAGAGGCACAGAAGGGGGCAGCGGCAGCCUAGAGCGAAGCAGGACUGGAACCGGUUCUGUGCCCGCCCUCCGCGUCGGGGUCUUGCUGCUGCCGCCACCACCACCUCUGCUGUGGGGGCUGGGACCCUUUGCCCCUUAGGAGAGGUGUUGGUCACAGAUGUUUACCUCAGUUUAUGUCACUGUCAAAGAGCAAGUAAAUAGCAAAAAAGUGAAUCACGCCGUAGACCUGAAGACUUAGGAAAAAAAACCCUCUCGAUUCUUCUGUGCAGGUGUUUGUGUGUGUGCACACGCGCACGUGUCUCUGUCCCACCCGGGGCCGGCCAGGUCAUCCCCGACCUCUGUCCCAGCCCCGCGCCCCCUACACUGCCCCCUGUCCUUCGGUGCUUCCCAGAGGCCCCUCGGAGCUGGCCUGUGGGGUGUGGUGAGCCCCUGGGCAGGAGGCAGGGCCACAGGUUAGCUAAGCGGUCUGCCACCAGGCCAGCUGAGCAGGGCCCUAAGGCUGCCAAUGCUCCCUGGGCCCACGCUGUGGCUGGUGGGACCAUCCUGGUGGCUGGUGUCAGCAUUCCAGCCUGACUCGGGGCCUGGGUGGGAUCCCAGCCCCACAGCCCCAGACCCUCAUGUUGCCACCGUCCUCCACCAUGUGUUUGUAAAUAUUCUGGCAUCCUUUGGCCCUGAGAAGGUUUUUAAAUGUGUUAUUUACUUCUCUAAUCAUGACAAUUGCUAUAAAAUAAAGAAAAGUUUAGAAAAAUUA